AUGGAUCCACAAACAAUUGAACUCGUUGAAUCCAUGAUCGGCAUUUUCGACGCCAUCUCUAGCGAUCUCUCAAGCGUACAGACCAUCGUCAGCGCAGACAAGCUCGAGACGGACGGCCACUACCUGCUGCAGCUUGAUGAGAAGCUUAUCAUAACCAAAUGGCAAGCCCUGGCUGCGGAAUGUUAG